CUUGGUGGAUGAACUUAGGAAAUAUUGAAAAAAUAAAUUAAAACACGGGGAGGAUGAUGCGUUCCAAAGCGACUGCUGCCCUAUUGAAGUUGAAAGAGAUGGACAGGAAGUAUAAUACCAAGAAAAACGAGGGCAAGAGGGUCCAAAGUAACGUCAGCACCGAGAGCUCCCUGGAGGAGGCUUCCAGGAACCUCUCAGCCAAGUUCAAGGUUAUCUAUGACAGGAGCAAAUCUGAGGAUGCUGAGAUCUCUUCGAUAAUUGUCGGUGAAGAGAAAAACAGAGUGAAGGUGUCCCCAAGAGUGAAGAUGGAGGUGAAGAUACCAAGUAGCCUGGCGAAAUACGACGAGUCCUUGGUGUCUGAGAGUUUGUCUUCGAAGAAGUCCUCCAGAGUCUCUCCUGGAAAGAAAUCCAUGUCUGAGAAUUACAAGAACGACGAGUUCGAAGAGAAGAGUGACAAUUCGAUGGUAAUAGAGUCUCUGAAGAGUGUUUCGUACGUGGAGUCCUCUUCUAAGCGCCAAGAUUCCAUCUCCAGUGUGAAGCUCGAGGUCACUAGACAAGGAUCUGGGGAUUUUUCAGGGGACAAUGAUGAAUACAGAGACUCAGAUGUGUCUGAAGCAAUUUCUGAGGUGAUUAAGUCGAUUAACGAGUCUUUGUCGAGGAAAAGCGAGGGAAAAUUCGAUGUGCAAGAGUCGGUAAUGGCCGAGGAGAGUAUAACAGCGUCGAAUAUUGAGGAACUAAUCAGGGUGAGCGGGGGGAGGAGCGAGGUUAUCUCUGAAUUGUCCAACGUCGUGAAUACCAUCUCCGGGGACGAGCAGAAGAGUCGUUACGAGGACGACACGUUUGAGGAGCCCUCCAGUUCUAGUUCUGGGGAGGGAAAGCUGAAGAAGACCUCGGAGGAGGAAGAUACAAGAAGUACGAUGAUUUCUGGGGUGAAACAGAUCAAGAUCACCCCCCACAAGAGGACUGAGAGCAUCCAUGAGGUGGUCGUCGAUGAGGACAGAUCGAUGAACAGAGGCAAAGAAAUAGUCGAGCUGGUGCCACCGAAAAUAAUGCAGAGCACGAGUGAGUGCGACAUAGGGUUGGACGAGGAACUAUCGAAUUACGUGAGGACGUCUGAGAACAUGGACGAGGCGAUACCGAUCAGCCUUCUGAAACAAUCCAAACAAAUAACGCCGAUGAAGAGACAGUCGAAGAGGUCCAGGAGACAAAGGAAGUCGUCGAUUGAGAAUACCGAGGAGAAAACUGACUCCUCUGCGACAUCUGAGCACGAAAGAUUAACGGAACGAAAGGAAGACAAUAUGGAGGCUAAUGCAUCGAGGCAAAAUGGCUCCUCGACGUCCACGCAAAGUGUAAAAAAUCAAGAAGGGCAUAUUUUGCAAUGCGAAGGGAAUAAAGAGGUGUGCGGUGAUGUAGCGGAGGGAAACAUUCAGGUGGGAAAUGACGAACCGGAAGUGGUCUCCAGUGAGGGAAUAUUUCUGAGCGAGACUCCAAAAAAAUCGGAUGUCACUAGUACUCUGAGGAAGUUGAACAAGGACGCGAUUAAUGCUAUAGUUAGGAAACGAAGAGUUCACACAGAGAGGGUGGUUUCGAGUAAAUCUAGGCAUUGUAAGAAUUGUGGGAACGUGGUGAGACUUCCUCCUGCCGACGUGUCGAGAAAUCUUCAAGCUGAAGAGAGCGACGAUGGUUCCUCCUUGGAGAAUGUUAGAAUGGCAAAGGAUUGCAAUCAGGAUCAAAGGAAGAAGGAGAAGAGAACGAAGAGUAAAAAGAUCUCAAAGUCGUCGAAAAAUCGAAAAACGUUGAAUUACGGGAAAGUCGAGGGGAAGCAGUCGAGAUUCGACUGCAGGCAAGCACAACGUCUGCGAAAAAAUGCAGCGUUUCUCAGGUUGCAACAGGAACGCGAGGACAUUCGUAAUUACUUACUGGAGCUGGAACACACGCGAUUAGAAUUCGGACCUGGCGAACAGGUCGCCUCUUCCCAAUUAUCCGCCAUCAGGCCUCUCGAAUUUCCAAAAAUUGCAGCGUUUAUGAAGCCUGAUCUCGAAGAUGCAAUGUCAAAGGGCAAAGAUGGGGUUGCUGGGGUACAGGAGAGAAUACUGAUGAUAAGGCAGUGGCUGAAGGAUCAAUACGUCCUUUACAGGGACUACAGCAGCCUGGCACAAACGGUGAAUUCAAAGUACAUUCCUGCCAGUCUAGAGGAUGCAAAAAGGACCAUUCGCCAGCUACAGAGAGCGACGAUUAAGAGCAGGUGACCGGUGGUCGUUUCUGGGA